AUGUCGAAACGAGAGUACACCGACCCAAGCGUCUACAACACCCACCACGAACGGUUCCAGCGCGCUGGACUGCCAACGACUCAACAGGGAUGGGUCCAGCGUGCCAAAGAAGUCGCAUCCAUUCUGGCGGAGGAUGCUGCCAAGCGAGACAUUGAGAACAAGUCACCUCGCGCUGAGGUUGCCAUGCUGAAGUCUGCUGGCUUGUUGAAGACUCUUGGGCCAGCCAAGUAUGGCGGUGGUAACCAAAGCUGGGAGACUGGAUACAAGGUCAUUCGUGAAGUCGCCAAGGGUGAUGGAUCGUUGGGCAUGUUGCUGGGAUACCACUUGCUCUGGUCUACGACUGCCAAUGUCGUUGGUACGGAGGAACAGCAUGACAGCGUGCAACAGGUCAUCAUUGAGAACAACUACUUCGUCGGUGGAGCUGUCAACCCGAGAGACAGCGACCUCAAGAUCUCUUCUGACGGGGACGAGAUUGUGUUCAAUGGCCACAAGAACUUCAACACAGGAGGUGUGGUAUCGGACUUGACUGUCCUGGAGGGGGUGCUAGACAACACUGAAGACCACAUCUUCACGUUCGUCAAGACCGAACAGCCCGGCAUCAUCUUCGCGCACAACUGGGACAACGUAGGCCUGCGUCUGAGUGAAUCGGGCAGCGUCAAGAUCGACAACGUUCGCGUGCCAUGGACUGAUGCGCUGGGUUGGGACCCCGUCAGCAAGCGACCGGUCCAAGACGUCCUCGGAAUCCCGUUCGCAUCAAUGCUCUUGCCCACGAUCCAGCUGGUCUUCAGCAACUUCUACCUAGGCAUCGCGCAGGGCGCUUUAGGUGCUGCAUCUCACUACACCGUCAAUGGCACACGUGCUUGGCCAUAUGGCGGAGAUAACAAGGAAAAAGCUGUCGACGAGUGGUACAUUCUCGAGCGCUACGGCGAGUGGCGCGCACACGUUGCAGCCGCAGAUGCACUGGCAGAUCGUGCUGGAGCUGAGAUUGCCAACAUCUAUCGCGAAGCGGGACAGUACGGCUCAUCCUUGGACCAGCAACUUCUCAAGGAGCACGUCAAUCCCAACUACAGCCUGAGCAAGGUGGACGUCAACGGCGCCCUGAACAAGAUCAACCCACCUUACGCUAUUACUACCGCCACGAGCUUCCAGAACAUCGGAGCCGAGUCAGGAGCCAACGGUGCCACCACGAACGGCUAUUCGAAUGGCUACACCAAUGGCCACAAGCAAGGCAGUAACCGCAGCGCCAUCACUGCGCUCCGCCGUGGAGAGGUGGCAGCCUUUGUUGCUCACGCCAAGGUCGUGACCACGGACACGGGCUUGAAGGUCACCAGCGGCAUCUUCGAAACGCUCGGUGCCCGGGCGACUGGCAAGAAGUAUGGUUUUGACAAGUACUGGAGGGACAUCCGCACGCACUCGCUACAUGAUCCUGUGGCGUACAAGAAGAGGGAGGUCGGCAGAUACCAGCUGUUGGGAGAGAUUCCAGAGCCGACUUGGUACACGUAG